UCUUUGCAUAUCAUAUCAUAGAAUGUGGCCGUCGGCAGUAGUUUUUCUUUUUUUUUUCUUUUCUGGUAUAUUCUUAAAAUUAAUUAAUUCAGCUGCUUGUCGUCGUGUCGGAGAUCGGAACUAUACUAAUGGAGGAAAUAUCGAUGAAUAUUUAGAAUUUGGUUUCAAUUUUUAUUUAGAAAUUAUCGAAUAUUCUCAAAUCAAUAUUUGAUGAGUCGAUGAAUUGUUGGAUGAAUGAAAAUAAAUUGUUUACAUCGUUCAGUAUUUUUAAUUUCUUCUUACUGCAAAAUAAUGAACUCUAAUUUUGAUGUCUUCAAUAUGGAUAGCGAUGAUGGUGAAUUCGAUCUUCAACAGGAAAUUGCUCGCAGUGCUUUCGCUGAUAUGUGUCACGAUUGGGAACGCAAUCGAAAGUACGACCGUGCGAUACAGCUGACAGUCGAACGACUGCAUAAAGCCGGUAAGAAAGCUCACGUACUGGACAUUGGAACUGGUAGCGGUUUACUGUCGAUGAUGGCAGUCCGAGCGGGGGCCGAUAGUGUGACAGCAUGUGAAGCGUUUCGCCCAAUGGCUGACUGUGCACAACGAGUUAUUGCGGCUAAUCUUGGAAUUGCUGAAAAAAUUCGGCUUGUGAAGAAAAAAUCUUCCGAAAUGAAGGUGGGUCCAGGUUUGGAUAUGGAGCGAAGGGCUAAUGUGCUGGUCACCGAGCUCUUCGAUACUGAAUUAAUUGGAGAAGGCGCCAUAGCCACUUUCAGACAUGCUUUGGAUAAUUUGCUUGAACCUGAUUGCCUAGUAAUUCCGCAUUCAGCGACGAUUUAUGGUCAACUUGUCGAAAGUCCGUGGAUAAUGAGAUGGCAAGUUCCCAAAGCGCUCAGCAAUUCCGAUGGAGAUGUGUUGUUGCGUACACCGAACGAGGUCGAGUGCUGUCGAGGAUCGUCGGCAGUUUUUGACGUUCAGUUAAAUCAACUGCCCUUAGGAAGUUUCAAAGUACUCUCAGAACCAGUUGCGGUAUUUGAUUUCAAAUGGUCUAAGCGUGAAAAUCUCGAAACCAAACGGCAUUCAAGAAGUUUGGUUGAAAUCAAAAACGCAGGUGUUGCACAGGCUAUAUUUAUGUGGUGGGAAUUGAUAAUGGAUGCGGAAGAAACGGUUCUUUUGAGCUGUGCUCCAUUUUGGGCACAUCCCGACUACGAAGAACUUCGAAAGAAUAGUACAGUUUCGCACAUUCCUAAUCAAAAUGUUAUACCCUGGAGAGAUCAUUGGAUGCAAGCAAUUUAUUUUUUACCCAAUUCGAAAACUGUCGUUAUCAAAGGACAAGACGUUAAUUUGGAUGCUUACCACGAUGAGUUUUCUUUGUGGUUCGGGAUCGACCAGCCAGAUCUAGAUCCUGCACACUGUUCAUGUGGAUUUCAUUUGGCGUACUCUCGUUCACGAAUCGGUCAACUGAAUGACGGCGCUCGAAACAAGCGAGUACUGAAUUAUUUAGAAGACAUCAUCAGCAAGGAUUCUAUUGUUUUAGUACUCGGCGAAGGAUCACUUUUGGGAUUAUCUCUUGCAGCAAUUGGAGUUAAAAAGAUCAUUUUGUUAGAAACAAACCGAAUAUCUAAGCAAUGCAUGCUGAAAUAUUCUACUCAUAACGGGUUGAAUGGUGUUGAUAUAAUUUCCAGUGUUAAUCAGUUGAAUGACGAUGUAACUCACGUAUUUGGAGAACCAUACUUCGGAUCAGCAAUUUUGCCAUGGGAAAAUGCUAUUCAAUUUGGGACUCAAUUGGGACUUGUUAGAUCUAAGCUUAGUUCAUCUGUUACGAUUAUACCAAAUUCGUUUAGUAUAUACGCACUUCCAGUGCAGUUUUUAGAUUUGCAGAAAAUAUGUGCCCCUCUAGGAAAAUGCGAAGGCUUCGAUCUCAGUAUAAUGGAUCAAAUGAUUGAAGAACAUUCCAAGCUAACCGAUUCAUCGGUUGAAGCCCAGCCGCUUUGGGAAUAUCCAUGCUUCGCAGUUGGACCUAGAACUAAGCUGUUACAUGUGAACCUCUCGGAAGAGAUCUUUGAAUCCUGCAUGUCUGAUGGCACAAUUGAAAUCACACUAGACAAUGUGGUGUCCGAAUGUAAUGGAAUCGCUCUUUGGGCUGAUUGGCAUAUGGAUAAGACGGAAAAGUCUAGCACCAUUAUAACUACCGGACCGUUGACGCCAUUAUUGAACGAACAACUAACCGAACGACCUACUCCCGUAGAAUGGAAUACUAACUGGAGACAAGGAGUUCAUUUGUUCAAAAAUCCGGUUCGAAGAAAAUCGAUUUCCUGGAACGUGAAAUUCAAUUGUCAUUUAAAAAAAUGUUUCUUUCAUUUUGAAUGAAGUUUAUGACAAUUUUUUAAA